AUGAACGGAUACCCAUCAACUACUGGCACUUUUUCUCUCACACCAGCUGCUAGUCCUACUUCAACAGCUGCUCCUACUUCAACUUUCAACAGCAGCUCCCACCUUCAUUCCCACUCCCAAUCUAGUGGAAGUGAUUAUUUUCCAGGAUCCAACACAAUUGUAAAUGAGAUCACCAGUUUUGAAAUCAAAAAUGCAUUCUUUACAUCCCUAAAUCAUGAGUUUUGA